AUCAGACGGACUCUACCUACCUUCAAGUGCAACGUACGAACGAAAGCUCGAAAGAUCACUUUUCGUGACCUUUUCUUCCUGCUGGCCUGGACCCACGUACACUUGUGUCUGUGUCAACAGGCCUUAUUCAAACAUUCAAGUUCUCGUUCAAUGUGACCAUGCACACAUUGCAGCGAGUAUCACGGUUCGCAAAUACAUGGAGUGCUCGUUAAACAUUGGUGCAAUGAUUCAGCUCAUUUUCAUAGCUGUAAAAUAUGAAUGAUCACAGAACAUUGUGCCCAGGUAAACAGAUUGAUUUGAGAGCCGUGAUAGAGAAGACAGCAGAGAGGACUGAGAGGAGUGUCAUACGUAGACAAAAUUACACCAGAUUGUUGAAGACCAUUAUCUACCGGCGACUAUGGCAUCAUUCCGCUUCCCCGUCGUGCUUGCAAUGGGCAUGGCAUUGAUUAUGGUCAUACCGAGAGCGAACGGGGCUAAAUUUCUGGCAACGUUGUUUCACCCGAUGGCACAAGCCUCACAUAACCGUUUUGUAGGCGGCAUCACUACCAGUCUCAUCGGCCGAGGCCACGAAGUCACCGUCCUUGCAGCAGAUACGUAUGAUUUCAAAGGCCUCAAAAAAGACGUUGCCGCUACAAGGGUGCUCACGUUUAAGGCCCAAACGCCCUCUUCGGUUAGGAAAGAGAUGGGAAAGGCGCUGUCCGCUGAUCAAGCCAGCAAUCCUACGUUUCAGCUGCUAUCGGAAUUAGCAAGAUUAGCAAUGAUGUUAAAGGCACUUAAUUACAUCGCAGUUCAGAACUGUGCGGAUAUGUUCGACAAUCGUGACGUCAUGAAUGGCCUCCUGAAGGAGAAGUUUGAUCUUCUUCUCGUGGAGAUGUUCGAACCCUGCGAUGCCUUGUUGGCGGAAUAUCUUAAUGUACCAUUUGUCGUUAUGACGGGGUCACUUCGUCAUCCUGUAUUCAACGAGCACAUCUACAACAUUCCCAUUCCUUCAUCGUAUGUGCCAUUUAAUCCUUCUGGCGCCCUCACCGACGAGAUGAGCUUUAGCCAAAGGUUGCAGAACUUUUUAGAGGCUAACGUUUUCCGGAAGCUACUUGAUUACAUGCAGAUAUCCUCCUUCCGGACCAUACAGUUGCAACAUAACAUCGGUACGGCAUUUUCGGUCAGGGAGCUGAUAGGGCGAGCUGAGCUUUGGUUAUGCCACAUUGACUUUGCCCUUGACUUCCCGCAUCCCAUCGCUCCGAACUGGAUCUCGAUUGCCGGCUUGUUGUCUGAUGCGGAGACAAAGCCACUCCCUAAGGACCUAGAAGACUUUGUGCAAGGGUCUGGGGAUCAUGGCGUCAUUGUUUUCAGUCUGGGUUCAACGGAUAUGAAUCUCCUGAACUCAGAAAACGACGAACUCUUCGCCAAGGCGUUCAGUCAGCUACCCCAGCGAGUACUCUGGAAAUAUAUCGGCUCUCCACCCCGUUACCUUGGUAACAACACCCGCCUUAUGUCAUGGCUUCCACAGUCCGAUCUCCUAGCUCACCCCAAGACGAAGCUCCUAUUUUACCAUGGGGGAAUGGCCGGAGUCUAUGAAGCGAUGCAUUUCAAGAAGCCCAUGGUCCUCCUUCCCCUAUUUGCCGACCAGCCUGGCAUAGGUGCUCGAAUCGAGAAGAAGGGAAUGGGGGUUGUCCUGUCGAAAUCCUCUCUUUCGGUCGAGGCAAUCACAACAGCAAUUCGGCUAGUCCUUACAGAUCCUAGUUACAAAACCAACGUGGAGAAGUAUGGAUCCAUCAGUAAGGAUACUAUCGUGAGCCCGAUGGAAACCGCCAUGUUUUGGAUAGAACAUAUCAACAAAUUUGGCGGCUCGCAUCUCAAAUCACGAGCUGGGGAGCUGAACUUCAUCACUCUCAACUCACUCGACGUAGUAGCUUUCAUCCUCAUCAUCGUCCUACUAGGGUUGUAUUUAGACUAUGUGAUCCUUCGUUCAUGUUAUCGUUUUAUGUGCGGUAGGAAAACUGUGAAAACUAAAUCAGAUUAACUAUUAUAGAAAACGAUGCACGAGAAUAUUAUAGAAAUAUACCUUGUUGUCUCGUUAGACAAGACACUGUCAUUUUUUUAGAGACGGAAAUGUAAAUUUGAAAUUGAUUUUAUGUUAUAUGAUUUGUGAAUUAUUGUCAAGAAGCCAAUUAAGACAAGAAGAGUUUUACGUUUAGAUUACAGAGUAGAAUUUAUGGACACCAUGCAAAAUGUAUUAGAUUAUAAUCAUACAUCGAGGAGAAUUCAAGACAGAUGACGCGAUUACACUUUAGUCAUGAGCUGAAAAUACACAUCUUUUGACAACGGAGAAACAUACAGGUCAGUAUUUCUUCGGAAUAUAUUUGUGGAUGUAUAAUCAACGGACAUAAUGUGAAAAAGAAUGAAUCUUGAACCUUGAUCAUUGGGUAUAUGCAGUAGCUAUUUAGGCUCAUUAUGCUUGUCCUUUUUAGAAAAAGAAUUGGUAUGUGACGUAAUUGAUUCGAUCAAUAAUUAUUUAUAUAAUGAUGAUUUUGAAAAGAAAACUAUGUGAGAUAAAGUCUGCAAUAUAAAAUGUGUAUCUGUGUGAAUGAAUGUAAUUAUUGGUACGGGUUUCUCUGCUCCCUUUCAACCACACGCACACGCACACGCACACGCACGUAAACAAUCUCAUAGUAACGCAUCGUCAGAUUAGCUGUGGAGCAGAACUCGAUAUACAUGAAGCUUUUAUCUUUGCUGUCAUACUAAUCAAGUUAUAUGCUCACUUUCUGAUUCUUCGUUACCGCUGUUUAGGCAGAUACAAGAAAAUCAAAUCGAAAUCAGACUGAAACAUUAAAACAUUUCGCAUUUACGACACUGAGUCGGAAACAUACAGUUCAGAGUGGAGAGUAUUUGUAAUCCGACAAAAUUUGAUCUGAAUCUGUUAUGAACAAAACAACUUCAAAAACAUUUAGCUGAAGGUCUGACUACAUAAUGAUUUGCUCAUUUUGUAUGAGCUAGCGCAAUGCCACGAUAUUGAUUUAACUGACUAAAUUGCGAUCCACUGUGUUCGUAGGAACAAGUAAUAAAUGGCUUGAUUAGUUUUCAUGCAAAACAUACUUGCUCAAUGGGUGUGCAUAACUUAUGUUUGUCUAUCUUACCAUCAAGUAAUUAAUAAUGAGACUAUGUUUAAAUUUGUGACAAUAUCUAAAGCAAUGCACGUUGAUAUUUUAAUAAAGUUUUCAUAGCGGAAUAUAGGAAAUACUAAUUUUCUG